UCAUAUUUCGAUGAUCAUACGUUUGUUGAAGCACGUCGGCCUCUUGCUUCCUUUUCGGUGAAUUAAAAUCCUACUUUCACUCCAUUGUGUAUCGUGAAUAACAACGGUUCUAAAUGUGCUGUGAGAGAACUGAUCUGAUUUCGAUAUUCCUAUAAGUACAUAUGCCAUGGCCGUAGCCAUACCCGAAAUGGCUUACAAAAAAUAUUGUGUUGUGUUUAUAAUUUUCGCUCUCGCGAUAGUGCAGGCCGUGGGUUACGACACGGAGUUGUAUGAAACAAAGCCUUGCGAUAGCAACGUGUGCUUCGAAGCCCUGCACGGGGCCUUGGGCGACUGCUCGUGCAACGUCGAUACCAUAGACUACUUCAAUAACGUAAAGAUCUUCCCACGCAUCCAGAGCCUCGUCAGCAAGGACUACUUCCGUUUCUACAAGGUCAAUUUGAAAAAAGAAUGCCCUUUCUGGGCGGACGAUAGCAGGUGCGCUAUCAAGUAUUGCCACAUCAAAACAUGCUCCAAAGAGAGUGUGCCUGGAUAUGCAAAUGGAUACGAAAACGAGCACGAAGAUGAGGCGCCGGCCGUCAAGUAUACCAAGGAAGCGCAGUCAGGGUGCAGCAACGAUCCAGAUCUAGACUUGGACCUAGGCUAUUUGAACAUGACUAUAAGUGCAGCCAGUCAAUAUGAAAUUGCUAAGUGGAAAGCCCAUGAUGAUGCCUUAGAGAAGUUCUGUGGAAACGAUGACAGAGAUGCUGAUGCUGACUAUGUUGAUCUGUCUUUGAAUCCUGAGAGGUACACUGGCUACAAAGGUCCCUCAGCUCACAGAAUCUGGAGGAGCAUCUAUCAAGAGAAUUGCUUCCGUCCCAAAUUGAAUCCGUAUGAAUCUUUCCCUUAUGUUCUAAGUACUGAUCUGAGCAACAUGUGCCUGGAGAAAAGAGUAUUCUACAGAGCUAUAUCAGGUAUGCACACAAGUAUUAAUAUUCAUUUGUGCUCCAAGUAUUUGCUCUCUGAAAAAAGUGUUGGAUUUGCUGCACCGCCAGAAGGAGAGUGGGGUCCUAACGUAGAAGAGUUCCAAAGACGUUUUGAUCCCUCGCAAACAUUUGGGGAAGGACCCAAUUGGCUCAAAAAUAUCUACUUUGUUUAUUUGUUGGAGAUGCGUGCCCUGGCUAAAGCUGGUCCAUAUUUAGAGAAAGAAGAGUAUUUCACAGGCAACCCUACUGAAGAUGAGGAAACCCGGCAGGCAAUUAAAAACAUGCUCGGUGUCAUAUACAGUUUUCCAGAUCAUUUCAAUGAGUCUUCGAUGUUCAGCGGAGGCAGUCAGGCUGCUAAAUUGAAAGAGGAGUUCCGAGAGCAUUUCUGGAACAUAUCAAGGAUUAUGGAUUGUGUGGGUUGCGAUAAAUGCAAAUUGUGGGGCAAGCUGCAGACUCAAGGGCUUGGGACUGCCCUAAAGAUACUGUUCUCAGCCAGAUGGGACAACCCUGAAGGUGACCUUGAGCAGGGAGAGUUCCCACUGAAGAAUAGAGUGCAGCGGCUGCAGAGAACAGAGAUUGUAGCGCUGUUUAAUGCAUUUGCUAGAUUAUCAAAUAGCAUAAGAGAGCUGGAGAACUUCAGGAUAAUGCUCAGCUCCAACAAACAGACAAACACCAGGCAAAACACGUUCGGAGGUAUCCCGGCGCUAGAUAAGAUGGCGAACCCGAAGAAAGACUGCAGUUCUGGAGGAUCUAAACCGCGGUUAGGGAGUUAGAAGGAAACCGAAUCUUCUUCUGCGGUACAAUGUACAAAACUUAAGUCGCAAGCAAAGUACGGUCAAUUUAUUGAUCCUAACUGGGUCCUAGCAUAAGAAUUACUAAUAAGCGUAGAAGGGGAACUCGUUUAAUUUAAUUCAAUAGGAGACCCGAAAAAACAAUAACCGGAAUCACUAAGUUUUUCCUUAGUUCCUUUAAAAUGAAUGAGUUGGCCGUUUUAAAAAAGGUCAUAUCAAAAUUCUUCCAGACAAAAUCAUUGUGACAAAGAGAGGUUCGUAGUUCGUACAGAAGUAUUGAACCUCUCAACCUUUUGUCUCCACUGGAGACGAAAACAAAGUCGAGUAGUUAUUUUUUUACCUUUAAAUAUGUUUUGUACCUUAUUAUCAUGAACUUAUGACGUGUUCACCACAUGAUGAGGAGUUUAGCUUCUACUAUUAUUAGUUAUUCUUAACUUCCUAGAUCCUUUUAGAGGUUAGUUAACUUAGUGCUAGUGUUGCUGAUCAUCAUCACAACAAGAUAUUUAUUGAACCCAGUGACGUGUGAGCUUAUUGAUUGUUUGUAAAAUGUAUUUAUCAAGGUAAACGUGAAACUUUGAUUUUUAACUUAACUCUGAUGCCAACUGAAAAGUGAUAUUGAAGUUUUUAAACGCAUACAGAAGAAAAUUUUAUCAAGCAAUUUGGAAUCGGUUUACAGAUACCUAAUGAAGUAUUGUAGUAUAUUUAAGUAUUUAUUAGAAAUAUGUUUUAUCUGCCGUAUUUGACGUUUUUGAUGUUGGUGUAAUAACAGACUAUAGGAUGAUCUGAAACCGGUAAUGACAUAAGCCGCAUGAGCUAGCUUAAUUAAGGUUUCGUUAAUAAGUACUUACUUAUGCCAGGGCUUCCCAAAAUUUUUUUUACUGUGACGUCCUUGGGAAUUUGUAAUUUUUUUGAACACAACAUAACAAGAAUGAAAAUAAAGAAAGAUUUAUUUUACUUUAUUGAAUGGCAAUUAAUGAGAAGGAUGUGCUAGCUAUUCUGAGCAUAGCUUCUCAAAAGGGGGCUUAAGUUUAGAAAAUGGCAAUCUCGUCUCUUUAUCUACCGUUUAUUUUCAAUCGCCUCACGAAUGACGCCCUUUGGAUAGAUCCGCAAAGCCCCAAGCGCUUCGACGCAUAGUUUGGGUAUCCCUGACUUUACACAAUUCCACCUUAAUCAACCGGAUUCGUCAAUCUGUUUAAAUAACUAUUGAUUCUAAAGAAUACGCAUAAUAAUGAUCCACCUGUUUUCACCUUUACCUUGUUUAAGUGUUUAGUCUUAAAUAUUUUUUUGGUGGUAUGCUAAGGUCUGCUUGAAUUUAUUGACUGAAGAGAAGUCCUAUUUUACCUUUCGUGGUUGUAUUUUCCGUUUCAGUAACGGCUAGGUUCUCGUAUUUUUUUAAGUUUUUUUACAUUUUAAUUUUUAACUACUCAUAAAAUAUACAAUCAUAAACAAAGUGCAAUAGAGAAAUUAAUAUUGUUAGAACUGUUUUAUUGUUUUUAUUUUAUUUUAUCAAUACAAUUUUUGUACAUUUUGUAUACAGUUCUUUUUAACACCCAAGGUUGUUACUAAGUGCUAAAACAUUGAAGUUAAUCCAAAUACUAUUGGCUACAUUCCAAUGUUACGAUUGAUAUCUGACAUUGCAUCAAAUAUGCUCUAUAUCGGUAGUAAUCUUUGCGUUUUGGCAAACAAUUGUUUGUAAAGAUUCAAGUAAUUGUAAUACUUUUCUAAGAAUAAUCUUUUUUACUUUCUUAACUCUUCACAAAAUUUUAAGUGUCACAAAUUUUUCUUCUGCUUCUUUUUACACAAUGUCAAGUAUUAUUAGCUGAUUUACAUCAUUAUUUCUAUAGUUAAAGUUUGUGAAAUGAAGUAUUGUAAGUUCACCACAAAAAUGAUUAGCAUCUCAAAUCUCAAUUAAUUCUUCUGCUCUUCCAUAAUAACAAUGAGGUAUGAACCUCAACUGAAUGGUCUUUUGAAACUAUCGAUUUUAAUAUUUUCCAGUAUUUAUGUGCACAAAGACUCUUAGCAAGGCCAUCUAAUGUCAAUAACAAAAUACGAGGGGCGGCUGAAAAGUUUUGAGCCUAAGUAUCUUCAAGUGUUAUUAUUGACUCGCACUAAAUUUUAUUAAUUUUCCAAUAACCUCCUUAGUAUAUGUACAAAGUUUCAUUUUAUUAGCACCAUCACGCUUUUAGUAAUUAAUCCGUAAACAUCAUCAUGUCUCAGUCAUCCGCGCAAUGUACGAAAUUGAAGUACACUGUUGUCAUAAAAUGCCUCACAAAGAAGAACAAAACGCUGACGGUAAUAUUUGAAGAGAUGUCAACAGUUUAUGGGGAGUCUCGGCCUUCAUUUGCCACCAUGAAAGAUUGAAUCCGAUAAUUCGAUCAUGGCAGGGAGUCGCUAAAAGAUGACCGCAAGUCAGGGCGGCCAGAUUUCGCCAUUAACGAAUAAAAUAAUGAAAAGUUAAAGAAUCUUGCUCUAGAGAUCCGCGAAUUAAGCUGUGACAGAUAGCUGAAGCCAUAGGCAUUAGCAAGGAACGUAUCGGCAAUAUUUUUCAUACUCAUUUGCACAUGAAAAAGGGGUGUGCGCGAUAGGUGUCAAAAAUGCUCACGCCACUCGACAAACAGCGUCGAGUCACAACUUCGCAGGAGUUUUAGGACAUCUUUGGCCAUAAUCCUAACAAAUUUUUUUCUCACAUUGUCACUAUUGAUAAAUAAUAAAUUCAGCAGUACGAUUUAGAGUCAAAACAAGAGUCAAUGCAAUGGAUUGAAAAGGGAAAACACCGCCGCGGAAAUUCAAAGUGGAGCGAUCGACACCCAAGCUCAUAGCCACUAUUUUUGGGAUUGUGGAGGAAUUUUAUUCAUUGACUACCUACUUAAAAAAAACUACAAUAAACGGGGAUUAUUUUACUGUACUGUUGAUAAGAGUGCGUCAAGUGGUUGUCAAAAUAAUAAGAGGUAAACUGGCGAAAUAAAAUCUGUUAUUGCCAGACAAUUCGCCCGUGCACACCGCGCAUGUUGCAAGGCUUGCCCCGGGUAAACCUGGAUUUCAAGAAAUUAAUCACCUACCACACAGUUUAGUCUAAAUCCUUAGCUUUUUUUUCUAAUUCUCAAUUUGGAAAAAGGACCUCCAGGAACGAAGUUUUUGAGUGAAAAAGAAAUGAAGGCGUCGUUAGAGGAUCAUUUCGAAGGCAAAGUUUGCGAAUUUUUUUUCAGUGGGAUAAAAGCUCUUUUACACAAAUGUAAGAAGUGCGUUGUAGUAGAGGAAGAUUAAAUAGAAAAAUAUAUUUUUUAUAUUUUUCUAUCGGCAUUUUUAAUACCUUAGGCUCAAAACUUUUCAGCCGCCCCUCGUAUGUAUAUUUUUACUCUACGUUUUAACUUGUUGAUAUACAAGAUGCACUCGCGCUUUGGUUGGACUUAGCCCCUUAUUAACUCUUUAAAAUUUACAUUAACUUUAAAAUUUACAAACAAGAGACGCAGUAAAAUUAGCUGAACACUACAUUAUGUAUUUGUAAUUUGUUAUAAUGCAACCGAAAUAUAGUUUGUCCAAAUGUCCACUGUAUAAAAAAGCAUAAUUUGAUUUUUGCAAAAUUGUAUAACCAAGCCAACCUAAGUGGCAAUGUGCUCUCCGUUAUUAUAUGCCCCAGGUCUCGAUGUUAUUUUUUGAAGAAUAUUGCCCUUUAUUGCCAAUGUGAACUUAGUUGUUUGUAGGUAUUUUAUUUAUUAUUAUUUUAGUAGGUUUGUUUAGAAAAAUUUAAACUGACAAAACAAACAGUUUGUUAAACAGUUAUGGUAGAUGAUCAUGAUAGAGUAGACAGAGUAGGAGUUUUUAAUAUUUUUUGUAUAUUUUUCAACUCCAACUAAAACCACAACUAAUAGUAGGUACAUUUUUAUGUCGUUUUCAAUUUUUCUAAAUAAAUCUUACUAAAUAGUUAGAUUCAUGUAUCAAUUUAAGCAGAAUAGAAUUGACUGGAGACUGGAAUAGAGAUUUUACUUAAAAAGCCAGUUUUUCAAUUGUCAGACAAUUUUUAUUUCUAGAAUAGUGCAUAAUGAUCGUUUGUAUGUAUAAAUGUUUGAAAAAGUCAAUUGUAUCCUCCAGAUAAAAGUUAUCUGGCGAAUGAGAAGUCGGGCCUUAAUCAACAAAUGGCCGAUCGUAAAAUAUUUUUUCAAAUAACGUAAGAUUGAAAACUAUUAACAGAGUGGUUACUGUUUUGACGUCAUUCCAUUGUUUUAUUGUUAUUGCCUAGCUUAUCGAAUUGAUUUAGUUCGUUAUUAGAUUUCAGGUCUAAAUUAACGACAUUUCUCUGUACUCAAAUUGGCUGUUAAAAUUUUAUCUACCACUUAUCAAACUGAUUCGUUUGAACAAAUUGAUAUGUUGUUUAUAUUUUUUCAAAGGUGUCUGUGAUUUUUUGAGGUAACGACUGUCAUGACAAAAUUAUUUAUUUUUAAUUAUUUUAAUAAAUGUUUUAACUGUA